AUGUUCGAAUACUUGCUGAGCGUAAUCGUAGGAAUUAUUCCCUUCCUGCUCUACAUGGCAUUUGUAAAACACACGAAAACUCAACCUGUGCCUGUUUCUGGUGAGAUACGCGAGAAUGUUCCUGUCAAGGGCGUUCUUCUGGUGAGAAAUGACCUGAACAUGGGAAAGGGCAAAAUAGUCGCGCAGGCCAUGCACGCAGCAUACUCAGCCGCGAACAAGAAGUCUCUCCUCUCUUCCGCGUGGAAGCACUGUGGAUUCAAGAAAGUCUCGCUGAAGGUGGAGACAGAGCAGGAAAUGGACACUCUCGUUGAGAAGGCGCACUCCAAAGGGAUUCCGUGCAGCCCAGUGAUAGACGCAGGAAGAACCCAAGUCGAGCCAAACACGCACACAGUCACUUUCAUAGGCCCGUGGUACGAGGACGAGCUAAACGAAAUAACUGGGCAUCUAAGACUGCUAUAG